GGGAUCCGGAGUUAACCGAGAAAGAGCCGCAGUUGUGGAGAGGGCGGGCCAUAGAGCGCCGUCCCUCACAAAACUAGGAAUCUGGUCGUUCGCCUUUUUCCGCAAAACGAAUGUUUUCCGGACCCACCUGGCCCAGGUGGCGCUGAGCGGGUGGAGGGCGAGGUAACCGCGUCAGUGAACACCAUCCCCCUCCGCCGCCCCAACAUCCAUCUUCGCCUCCAAUCCCGAAACGUCAGGGAGCAGAGGAAAGUGGCGAAGGAAGAAGGACCCUGCCACACUUCCCACAGAAUGCCAGAGGGCCCUGAGGUACACCUGGCCAGCCACUUUGUGAAUGAGGCAUGCGGAGGGCUGGUGUUCGGAGGGUGUGUGGAGAAGUCUCCCAUCAGCCGCAACCCCGAAGUGCCUUUUGAGAGCACUGCCUACUGUAUCUCAGCUUCGGCUCGUGGCAAGGAGCUGCGCCUGACACUGAGUCCUCUGCCUGGGGCGCAGCCCCCACAGGAGCCACUGGCCCUCGUCUUCCGCUUUGGCAUGUCUGGCUCCUUCCAGUUGGUGCCCGGAGAUGCGCUGCCACCCCAUGCCCAUCUGCGCUUUUACACGGCUCCACCUGGCCCCCGGCUUGCCCUGUGUUUUGUGGACAUCCGCCGCUUUGGUCGCUGGGACCUGGGGGGCGAGUGGCAGCUGGACCGGGGACCCUGUGUCUUGCUGGAAUAUGAACAGUUCAGAGAAAAUGUGCUGCGAAACCUAGCAGACAAAGCCUUUGACCGGCCCAUCUGCGAGGCCCUCCUGGACCAGAGGUUCUUCAAUGGCAUUGGCAACUAUCUGCGGGCAGAGAUCCUGUUCCGGCUGAGGAUUCCCCCCUUUGAGAAGGCUCGUACAGUUCUGGAGGCCCUGCAGCAGCGCAGGCUGAGCCCGGAGCUGACCCUAAGCCAGAAGAUCAGGGCCAAGCUGCAGAACCCGGACCUGCUGGAGCUGUGCCACUCAGUGCCCAAGGAAGUGGUCCAGCUGGGGGGCAAAGGCUAUGGGCCAGAGAGUGGGGAGGAAGACUUUGCUGCCUUUAGAGCCUGGCUGCAGUGCUAUGGUGUGCCGGGCAUGAGCUCCUUGCGGGAUAGGCAUGGCCGCACCAUCUGGUUCCAGGGGGAUCCUGGACCCCUGGCACCCAAAGGGUGCAAGUCCCGCCAAAAGAAAUCCAAGGCAACACAGCUAAGUCCUGAGGACAGAGUGGAGGACCCUCCACCUCCAAGGAGGACCUCUGCCAGGAUACAAAAGACACAGAGAGACCUUCCUGAGAAGACUACAACCCAGCAGCCUGAAGGGUCCAGCCUCCAACAGGACCCAGGAGCUUUCACAGUCCCUAACAAAGGGAGGAAGAAGAGGCGACAGGCCACUACUGGCCAUCGCAGACUGCAGAAGAUUAAGGGUGAUACCCCAUCCUCAGAACCAGAGGGGACCUCAGCCUCUUAGCCAGAGAGUCUUGCUUGCAUCUGCCCCUUUCUUGCUAUCUUGCUUUGUGAACCUAGGGGCCCAUUUGACUACCUAGAAGCAAGCAGUAUUUGAAAGGGGGGCUGUAUGCCUCGGGCCAAAUGACUGUUACUUGCACAACUGUGAUGUUUUGUUUUGUUGCAGUUUUUUUUUUUGACCAGGGUGGGGUUUGAACCCACCACCUCUGGUAUAUGGGGCCGGCGCCCUACUUCUUUGAGCCACAGGCACUGCCCAUGUUUUUAUUGUACCCAACCUUCCAUAUUUUUAAAGCCCAUGGGAAAAUGCUGUGUUUUCCAUAAACUGAUAAAUUUGAACAUUUUGGCA